GUCUUCUGAUGGUGUGUUGGCGGUGGGGACAGUGUUGGUGAGCCGUGUGAACACGGGGGAGAUGGAGGAGGGAGACAUGGAUCACAUCACGGCCGACGUGCAGCAGGCCCAGAAGUGCACCUUAGUUUGUGAGUCAUCACAGGGAACCCCAAACGACAAAGAUAAUAGCCCCCUGACGGGUGCUGUCUUUAAGAAUCCAGUUUGUAAGGUCUACAAGUUCCAGACGGUGGAUAGUAAAUGGAUGCUGGUGAGAGAACAGAUGGAGGAAUGUACUCUGUCCUUCAGCAUCCCCAGACAGCUCCUCCACCUCUACAUCCAGGAAGACAUGAGGAGGAUACAGGAGCUGAGGGACCUUGGGGAACUGUCUCCCCACUGGGACAACCUGAGGAAGGAGGUGAUUGGCCGUUAUGGACAGGUCAUAGCUGCCUACCAGGAGACCCUGGCUGAGCUGAAUAAGAUCACUGGUCCGUCGUUCAAGCCGAGCUGCAGCAAGGCCCAGAGGUAUCUAGAGUUCAUCCCUAUCAACCUGCACACCCAGAGGAUGAGGGUGACGUGUCCUAGACAAACAGAUGCAUUCUAUGACGUGAUCACGGUGGGGGCUCCAGCGGCCCACUUCCAGGGCUUUAAGGGCGGAGGGCUACAGCGGCUACUGAGCAGACAUGAGGCAGAGAAGAAGAGUUUCAGCACAGCAUACCAGUGCAUCUACUACUCCCCAGAGCACACAGCCAAGGCCCAGGAGGUGUUGCACAGUGUGGGCCAUCUCCAACCUCUCAUCUCGGGCCUGGCAGACCAGCUGCUCCAGGCCGCCCAGCAGCACUCCAUGGCUGGGCUGAGGGAGGCACUCAAGACCCUGGCUGGAAAGACGGAGCAGUUUGUGCACGCGCUCAAAGACGAGCUGGUGAAGAGCGCCUUGCUGGCCCUCCACGCUGCACAGCCCGGCUACGUGACGAAGAACCAGAACCAGACCCUGCCAGGCCACCAGGGUCACAGCCACCAGGACCACCAGAGUCCCAGCCAGAGGGGUCAACAAGGCCAGAGUCCACCCCAGAACCCAGGCCACAGUCCUGGGCAGCCAUCGGCUACAGACAGCCCUGUGGUGGUGUGUAAUAAUGUGGAUGGUGGCUCCCAGACGGCUCCCAUCAGAGAAGACGGGCAGGCACCUCUGAAGCGCCAGGACUCCAUACCGUGCCAUAAGGAGUACGACGAGGAGGAAUGGGACAGGGUGUGGGCCGACGUGGCGAAGAGCCUCAACUGUGUCAUCGCCAUGGUGGACAAGCUCCAGGAGCAGGAACCAAUCAACAACAACCAGGAACAACCAAUCCCUAAGCAGGUCCUGGCUGAUGUCAUCACCUCCCACAACCCUGAAGGGGAUUGGCGGGAGCAGCUCUGCCCCCUGGUGGUGAGGUUGAAGGAGUGUGUCGCGGAGGUGGUGGUGCGGGCCAGGAGGGCCAUGACCUUCGUCCUGCUGCAGGAGGCGGCCUGCAGCAUCCCCCAGGGACUGUUCCUCAAGCAGAGGAGGGAUGUGGUCUUCAGUCAGGCGCUAGCUGCGUUGGCGUGUGGUUUCGUCAUGAGGCUGUACGCGGGGAUGGCGGAUAAGGGCUUCCUCAGGCAGCUCCACCUAGUGGGCCUGGUGGCACAGUUCGAAAGCCUGCUAAGCACCUACAGUGAGGAGAUUGGCAUGCUGGAGGACAUGGAGGUGGGAAUCUCAGACCUGCACCGGGUGGCCUUCAAGAUCACCCAGGCCAAGACAGACGACCCCUGUGACCUGCAACCUGUAGUCAUCGGCAGGCGCGACCAUUAUACUGUAGAAGUGCCAUUACCGCGGCUGGUCUUCCAGACGUUACCCCAUGAGAUGAAAGAGGGAAAGGCGUUGCAGGUUUACCCGGUGCUCUUCAACGUGGGAAUCAAUGAACAGCAGACAAUAGCAGACAGAUUCGGAGACAUCUCUUUGCAAGAGAGGAUAAACCAGAGGAACUUUGAGAUUUUAGACAGUUAUUACAAAUCACUAAGCGAUAAGGUGCCAUCAGAAUGUCUGCCAUGUUUUCAAACCCAGACGGACCUGAAAGAUUUACUUGGAACCCUGGGCCAGAAUGUAGUGACGAAGAAGAGAAAGAAUGUGGAGAUACUGUGGCUCGCUGGAACGAUCUGCCGGCGGCUGAACGGGAUCAGGUUCACCAGCUGUAAAAGUGCCAAAGACAGGACGUCGAUGUCUGUAACCCUAGAGCAGUGUGCCCUGCUGAGAGACGAGCACCAACUCAACAAGGAUUACUUCAUACGAGCCCUGGACUGCAUGCGGAGUGUCAAGAGGGUUCAGACAGAGUGACACUGGAAGAUAGCUGUAGGCUUGACCCGUCUAUGCAAAGUUGAACCGGUAACUAUCAAUCUUCAGUAAAUACGUUUAAGACCUGAGCAGCUGUAAUUAUCAAAUCAAAUUUGAUUUGUCACAUGCACCGAAUUUAACGGGUGUAGACUUUACCGUGAACUGCUUACUUACAAGCCCUUAACCAACAAUGCAGUUCAAGAAAUAGAGAUAAUUAAGUAUGAUGGAUCUUUCUUUCGACAUAGUUUUGUCAGAAUAGCCUGUAUACUGUGCACCACAUAAUGUAAACGGUCAGUUGAAUGUGGCUAGUUAGUGAUAUUCCCAUGAGUAAAAAAGUGUGGAUCAAAUAUCUGGGGAAGUCAAAUGCCAUUCUUUUGCUUUCAGAAAUGCUAUCACACCCACUGUCUGCAACUGCAUACACUGUGUGUUCACAUGUCUAAGGGGGAUACCUAGUCAGUUGUCCAACUGAAUGUAUUCAACUGAAAUGUGUCUUUCGCAUUGAAUCAGAGAGGUGCGGGGGGCUGCCUUAAUUGACUUCCACGUCUUCGGCACCCGGGGAACAGUGGGUUAACUGCCUUGCUCAGGGGCAGAACGACAAAGGUAACAGGAGCAACAAAGAUACAGCUCAGAUGAUCACUUAAGCAGAGUCUGAGAGAACUAAGUCAUUUCUAAAACACUGUUGGAUAACACUGGUUUAUGUUUGGAGAUAAAGGAGUGCUUUGAUAAUAUCGAGGGUCAUUAUGAGGCUUGUAGAACCGGUUAUGCUGAGACAGUGUUGUGGCUUUGGAGCUGUCCAAGAAUAAACCGGCUCUACAACAAGCCUACAACAAGCCUACGGCUAUAAAAUGUCAUCAUUAGAGACUGUGCCUACUAAUAAUUGAAAACUUCAGAGUUAAUCCAAAUAACUUAACAGAUCUUCAUUGUAAAGGGUUUAAACACUGUUUCCCAUGCUUUUUCAAUGACCCAUAAACAAUUAAUGAACAUGCACGUGUGGAACGGACGUUAAGACACUAACAGCUUAUAGACGGUAGGCAAUUAAGGUCACAGUUAUGAAAACUUAGGACACUAAAGAGGCCUUUCUACUGACUCUAAAAAACAACAAAAGAAAGAUGCUCAGGGUCCCUGCUCAUCUGCGUGAAUGUGCCUUAGGCAUGCGCAAGGAGGCAUGAGGACUGCAGAUGUGGCCAGGGCAAUACAUUGCAAUGUCUGUACAGUGAGACACCUAAGACAGCGCUACAGGGAGACAGGAUGGACAGCUGAUUGUCCUCGCAGUGGCAGACCACGUGUAACAACAGCACACAGCACACAGCACACAGCACACAGCACACAACACACAACACACAACACACAACACACAACACACAACACACAACACUGCACAGGAUCGGUACAUCCGAACAUCACACCUGCGGAACAGGUACAGGAUGGCAACAACAACUGCCCGAGUUACACCAGGAAUGUACAAUCCCUCCAUCAGUGCUCAGACUGUCCGCAAUAGUCUGAGAGAGGCUGGACUGAGAGCUUGUAGGCCUGUUGUAAGGCAGGUCCUCACCAGACAUCACCGGCAUCAACAUUACCUACGGGCACAAACCCACUGUCGCUGGACCAGACAGGACUGGCAAAAAGUGCUCUUCACUGACGAGUCGUGGUUUUGUCUCACCAGGGGUGAUGGUCAGAUUCGCGUUUAUCGUCGAAGGAAUGAGCGUUACACCGAGGCCUGUACUCUGGAGCGGGGUCAAUUUGGUGGUGGAGGGUCCUUCAUGGUCUGGGGCCGUGUGUCACAGCAUCAUCGGACUGAGCUUGUUGUCAUUGCAGGCGAUCUCAACAUCCUUCUCCCUCAGGUAGUACUCUUCCUGCAGGCUCAUCCUGACAUGAGCCUCCAGCAUGACAAUGCCACCAGCCAUACCUCUCGUUCUGUGCAUGAUUUCCUGCAAGACAGGCCAUGGCCAGCGAAGAGCCCUGAUCUCAAUCCUAUUGAGCAUGUCUGGGACCUAUUAGAUCGGAGGGUGAGGGCUAGGGCCAUUCCCCCAAGAAAUGUCCGGGAACUUGCAGGUGCCUUGGUGGAAGUGGGUUAACAUCUCACAGCAAGAACUGGCAAAUCUGGUGUAGUCCAUGAGGAGGAGAUGCACUGCAGAAUUUAAUGCAGCUGGUGGCCACACCAGAUACUGACUGUUACUU